AUGGUCGUCAUUACAGCGGAAGAAAAGUCUAAACUUGAUAACCAAGCGUUAAAUAAUUUUCAGGAGUAUUUAGGAAUACCAUCUGUACAUCCAAAUAUUGACUAUGAACCUUGUGUUAAAUUUUUGAAAGUACAAGCAAAGUACUUGGGCUUGCCUGUUAAAGUUGUCCAAAUAACGGAAAGUAAACCACUGGUUGUGGUGACAUGGUUGGGAACAAAUCCACUACUACCAUCAAUUGCCUUAAGUAGUCAUAUGGAUGUUGUUCCUGUGUAUGAAGAAAAAUGGACUCAAAAACCAUUUGGAGCGAAUAUAGUUGAUGGUAAAGUAUACGCCAGAGGGGCACAAGACAUGAAAUGUGUCGCCAUUCAGUAUUUUGAAGCUAUCAGGAGAAUGAAAUUAAAAAACAUUAAACUCCUAAGAACGCUAAAUCUUAUUUUCACUCCAGACGAGGAAAUAGGAGGUGUAGAUGGAAUGAAAAAAUUCGUUCAAACCCAAGAAUUUAAAAAUUUAAACGUUGGAUUCGCAUUGGAUGAGGGCAUGGCCAGCGAAAACGACGAUUUUGAUGUUUUUUAUGGGGAAAGAUGUAUUUGGCAAAUGCAGAUACACUGUCCAGGUACCCCAGGUCAUGGGUCACUAUUACUGGACAAUACGGCCGGAGAAAAAGUUUCCCAUGUUCUCAAUAAAAUUUUCGAGUUCAGACUACAAGAAAAACUUAAAUUAGAGAACAAUCCCGAUUUUACCAUUGGCGAUGUAACAACAAUCAACCUGACAAAACUGCAGGGUGGCGUCCAAAACAACGUAGUUCCGCCAGAGUUAACUUUCACAAUAGACUGCAGAAUUCCUGUGACAGUUGAUGUGGUCCAAUGGGAAGCCACUGUGAACCAGUGGUGUCGAGAGGCGGGUUCAGAUGUUUUUAUGGAAUUUUGCCAAAAACAGCCGCAAAUAGCGCCUACUAGGAUCGACGCUUCUAAUCCCUAUUGGGUGGCGUUUAAACAGGCUGCGAGCAAAAUUGGGGUGAAAUUGAGGACGAAAAUAUUCCCCGGAGGUACUGAUAGCAAACACUUGAGAGGGAUUGGGAUACCAGUUUUGGGAUUUUCGCCCAUAAAUAACACCCCCAUUUUGCUACAUGACAAUGAUGAGUUCCUGGGGGUCAAUACAUUCCUAAAAGGGAUCGACAUUUACAUGGAGUUAAUUGGUGCUGUUGCAAAUGUACCUGAAAAAUAA